CGGCGAACCAGUAGAACGUUUUUGGAAUUAUAUGAAUCCCGAAAAAUGUGACGCUGAUACUCUCAUAAGACAUAUUUUGAGCGUCGUAGAUCCAUUAAUAGGAAGUUUCCCUAACAAACUAAUUUCACAAAGCUAUGAUGGAGCCGCGGUAAUGAGCGGACAUCAUGCUGGAGUACAGGCAAAAAUUAAACAAAGAUAUCCAUUUGCUCACUAUGUGCAUUGCUAUGCGCAUCAGUUAAACCUGAUUAUGUCACAAUUCGGGUGUUCUUUGGGAAUUUGAAAGAUAUCCCGGGAUUUUUUAAUAACUC